GGGCGUCCGUACGCACCCCAGUCUGUGGCCUCGGCUCCGCGGACCGUUCGCCAGCUGCCCGCUCGCUCGCUCUGUCCUCUCUCGCUGUCGCUCUUCGACGCUCAGCAUCUUGUUGCAACCAUGCCGCCUCUGGCAGAGCACCGCGCGCCCCAGCACGAGUCGAGGGUGACCGGGCUCGACGUGUUCGCGUCCGCGGUGCGCCUCGACGUCGAGGAGCGGGCCAAGGCGGUCAGGGAGCGCAGGCCUGCGCCGCUUCUCGCUCUCGACGGCUUUGCGGGCCUCGUCGCCGCCUACAUCGCCCUCCACCACGAGCAUGGUCUCGACCUGCCGUCGGCCUUUCUCCUCACCGACACGCUCUGGCCGAGCGACGUCGCCCUCGUCACGCUCUGCCGCGACGAAGCCGACGCGCCACCGCCGCUCACGCACGCGCUCGUCCAGAACAACCCCGACCGUGUCUUGCCUCGCUACGGCCUCGAGGAGGUGCCGACCGCCGAGGAGCAGUUGGUGAGGGCCCUCUUCACCUUUCGCCUUCUCGCCGCGACCCAGUUGCGCGAGUUUGUCACGCGCCACGCCAUCGCCGAGGGCUAUCUGAAGGCGCCAGGCCACCCGCGGCACCUCGUCCGUGUGUCGACGGCAUUUUGGAAGUCGAUGGACGCCGGCCACGUGGACAAGCUCGACUACUCGGCCGUUCGCCCGAGCGCCAUCGCCGUCUGGGCUCUCGAGGUCCUGUGCGCGCUCGAGCGAGUGACCGCGACCUCGUACGGCGCGUGUAUGCUGGUGCGCCUCGUCUACGUGUUCGAGUGCGAGUCGCGCGCGAGCUCGCUCAAGCUCAAGGAGGUCUGGCUCAAGAAGCGCGACUGGCUCGAGUGCCUCAGCAUCAUCAAGGCCAACGGCGAGCUCAAGGUGCUCGAGGACGGCGUCGCCAAGCUGUCCGACCAGGCCCUGCUCGACGCGCUCGCCCAGUGGGAGGUCGAGAUCCACGGCGGCGACGAGCGCAGCGUCCGAGCGUCCUACUCGCGCGCCAUGACGUUGUAUGGCACGUUGGUCAAGGACACGGUCGCUCACCUCUCGAAGCCCCGGUCGGCGACAGCGUACCACCCUCUGCCUCGUGGAGAAAGACGCGUGCGGCUGCAUCGUUCGACGACGCUGCCGGCGACGGCGGAGGAGCUCGAGCCUGCCAACGACCGCUCGCAGGCUGUCGCGAGCGCGUCGACCUCGUCGCCAACCGCCAGCCGGAGCGAGCACCGUGACGUCCCGGCCUGGAAGCGAGCGUUCCAGCGUCCUCGUCGAGACAACACGGAUUGA